AUGUCUCCCUAUAUUCUCUCUGGCACUCUCUUCGCCUUAGCGCUGCCUCUUGUCCUCUUAAUCAAAGCACUUUUAUCCUCUAAAUCCAUCGCAGGCCAAGUCUCCGCCGGGCCCUUCAAGCCACCGAAGGGAUGGUGGACUGAUACCAAACGAUUUGGUGUUGAACAGCGGGCCAUCUUCAGCCAGAGCUGGAUUUGUGUCAGCCAUCGCAGUCGGUUCUCAAAGGCUGGUGACUAUAUCGCAUUUGAGAUUGCCGGCUUCAAACUCCUCCUUAUGCUAGGCAAGGACGAUGUGGUACGAGCAUUCCACAACGUCUGUCGGCAUCGUGCAUUUCCAGUUACUAGAAAGCCUUCUGGUUCAGCGUCUAUACUUGGCUGCAAGUACCAUGGGUGGAGCUACAACAAUAAAGGAGAACUUACAAAGGCUCCCCACUUUGAAGAUGUGAUUGGUUUUGACAAGACCCAGAAUGGCCUUUUCCCUGUUCACGCCAAGAUUGAUGAUGAUGGAUUUCUACACAUCAACCUGAACAGUAGCCCAGAAGCAGGCGAGACCAAGCUUAAGAGGACGAGGAGUAUCGGAAGGCCAGCACCUACUUGCCAGACCCAACAAUAUCUUGGAUCUUGGGAAGUAAAAGGGAAGUUCAACUGGAAGGUUCCCGAGAUCUAG